AUGUCUGUGAGUUCUGAAUAUGGGAAAGAUUUUGAAAAUGAAUCGUACCUUUAUAUGCACAGAAACAUUCACACAGAUGAAAGACCAUAUCCAUGUUCAGAAUAUGAGACAACAUUUAAUACGAAAAUUCACACAGGAGAGAAGCCUUUUUCAUGUCCUGAAUGUGGGAAGUGUUUUAGCUACAAAUCAUAUCUUGAUAAACAUCUGACAACUCACACAGGAGAGAAGCCAUUUUCAUGUCCUGAAUGUGGAAAGUGUUUUAGUGAGAAAUCAAGUCAUAUUAAACAUCAGAGAACUCACACAGGAGAGAUGCCAUUUUCAUGUACUGAUUGUGGGAAGUGUUUUAGUGAGAAAUCAAGUCUAAUUAAUCAUCAGAGAAUUCACACAGGAGAGAAGCCAUUUUCAUGUCCUGAAUGUGGAAAGUGUUUUAGUGAGAAAUCAAGUCUUAUUAAACAUCAGAGAAUUCACACAGGAGUGAAGCCAUUUUCAUGUCCUGAAUGUGGAAAGUGUUUUAGUGAGAAAUCAAAUCUUAUUAAACAUCAGAGAAAUCACACAGGAGAGAAGGCAUUUUCAUGUCCCGAAUGUGGAAAGUGUUUUAGUGAGAAAUCAAAUAUUAUUAAACAUCAGAGAACUCACACAGGAGAGAAGCCAUUUUCAUGUCCUGAAUGUGGAAAGUGUUUUAGUCAGAAAGCAAGUCUUAUUAAACACCAGAGAAUUCACACAGGAGAUAAGCCAUUUUCAUGUCCUGAAUGUGGAAAGUGUUUUAGUCAGAAAGCAAGUCUUAUUAAACACCAGAGAAUUCACACAGGAGAUAAGCCAUUUUCAUGUCCUGAAUGUGGGAAGUGUUUUAGUCUCAAAUCAACUUGUGAUAUACAUCUGAGAACUCACACAGGAGAGAAGGCAUUUUCAUGUCCUGAAUGUGGAAAGUGUUUUAGUCAGAAAGCAAGUCUUAUUAAACACCAGAGAAUUCACACAGGAGAUAAGCCAUUUUCAUGUCCUGAAUGUGGAAAGUGUUUUAGUGAGAAAUCAAAUCUUAUUAAACAUCAGAGA